CCCUUCCAGUCCGGACACUUUCCCCCCCUUCCAGUCCGGACACACUUUCACCCCCUUCCAGUCCGGACACUUUCACCCCUUCCAGUCCGGACACUUUCACCCCCUUCCAGACCGGACACUUUCACCCCCUUCCAGUCCGGACACUUUCACACCCCCUUCCCGGUCCGGACACUUUCACCCCUUCCCGGUCCGGACACUUUCACCCCCUUCCGGGUGCCGGACACCUUUCACCCCCUUCCCGGUCCGGACAACUUUCACCCCCCUUCCCGGUCCGGACACUUACACACCCCUUCCCGGUCCGGACACUUUUAC